AUGGGGUGUGUUCAAGCAAAGCCUUCAAUGCAUUCGCCGCCUCGGGGACUAGAGAAGUUGAAAUUAGAGAGUGGAUAUGUUGGUAGAGGAGAACAUGUUAGGCCAAGGAGGUCUACUGGACAGAGGCCUCAUGAACUAAGGGAGAAAAAUGCUGCUGGUAGGAGAUUAAGUGAUGCAAACAGAGAUACUAUCAAUGAAAGGAUCAAUUUGGUGAUCACAAAUGAGGGAGAAAACAAACAAACUAAUGAGAACAAUGAUGUUGAUAGGAAAGUCACCAAGACAACAACAACAACACAUGAGGAGGAAGAGUUAAUAGAUGGUUGGCCAAAAUGGUUAGUUGAUAAUAUUCCAAGAGAAGUUUUGUCUGGUUUAGUCCCAAAAAGUGCUGAUUCUUAUGAAAAAAUUGACAAGGUAGGUUCAGGGACUUAUAGCAAUGUAUAUAGAGCGCGGGACAGGGAUACUGGGAUGAUUGUUGCCUUAAAGAAAGUUCGUUUUGAUACCUCAGAACCAGAGAGUAUAAAGUUCAUGGCUCGAGAGAUUAUGAUCUUGCAGAAAUUGGACCAUCCAAAUAUCAUAAAGCUUGAAGGAUUGGCCACUUCCAGAAUGCAUUAUAGUCUUUAUAUAGUUUUCGAAUACAUGCAGUCUGAUCUUACUAGCAUAAUAUCUCGGCCUGAUAUGAGGCUCAGUGAAGCACAGAUUAAGUGUUACAUGCAGCAACUGCUCUCGGGGCUGAAGCAUUGCCACGAGAGGGGUAUUUUGCACCGAGAUAUUAAGGGAUCCAAUUUGUUGAUUGACAAAAAUGGGAUGCUAAAAAUUGCUGAUUUUGGACUUGCAAAUCACUUUAAUCCUGAAAAGAAACGUCCUCUUACAAGUCGAGUUGUCACACUUUGGUACAGAGCUCCAGAACUACUAUUAGGUGCUACAGAUUAUGGAAUAGGUAUUGAUCUUUGGAGUGCAGGCUGCCUCAUGGCUGAAAUGUUUGCAGGCAGGCCCAUUCUCCCAGGUCGCACCGAGGUGGAACAGCUGCACAAGAUAUUCAAGCUCUGUGGUACACCUACAGAGGAUUACUGGAGGAAAACGAAACUUUCGACUACCUUCAGGCCACCAUAUACCUACAGGUCUAACAAGAAGGAAGCUUUCAGGCACUUCCCUGCAUCUUCUUGGAGGCUCUUAAGCGUUCUUCUUGCGCUAAAUCCUGCAAAUCGCGGUUCUGCAGGUUCAGCUCUCCAAGAUGAGUUCUUUAGUACGAGCCCGUUGGCAUGUGAACUCUCUGAGCUGCCUGUAGUCUAUAAGGAGGAUCCUGUGGCAGCAUUAAAGCUUGAGAAGAGAAGGCACAAGACUCGACAACGCUCUCAAUCACAAAAGGAACGAAAAAAGAAAGUAAUAGACGAAGAGGAAACAAAACCAGACGACGUUGGCUCUAAUGAGGAGCCAAUAAAGAGUAGACUUUCAACAGUCUUUAGACUACUAGAGCCAGGAAGUAGCAGUACUACUAUUACUACUACAACUACUACAAGCACAUCUUCAAGUACUUCAAAGCCAACUGAAAAAUCUCAGAGUCCUCAGAGUUCUCCGACAAGUACUGAAUCUCAUCCUAAUUCCACUACAAACAUCAAGAAUAAACCUCCGUUGCCAAAUGCUAGAAGAAACCGAACUAACAACAACAAGGACGCGAUGAACAGAUUGAGUCGAGCCCAAAGGUCUCAAUCAAGCAAAGUUUUUCGAGAUCUUGAUCAUCAAAAAUUCCAUAAGCUUCACGACAUUGCUGACUAA